AUGGCUCCGGAGCCCCCCGAGCCGCGCCCGAGGGGCCCGCGGGGCCUCCGCACGCCUCCGCCGGAGAAGGAGGAGGCGGCCAAGGCCAAGAGCCCGCUCUCCAGGGCUGCCAUGCUGCUCGGGCUCCUCUUCGUCCUCUGCCACCGCGUCCAAGGUACUGAGCAACAACCGAUAACGGUUGCACCUUCUUCAGAGUCUUUUACUAACUGGAGAGCUAUAUUAUCACCAACAUGGCCUUCUAGAGAACUUGAGUCUUCCUCAGUGGGUGACAUUUCAAUGCGGCAAGCCUUGGAGAAUGCCAAUCUGCUUCAGAUUAUAAAAAGUACAUUAGCAGGGACACGGACCAGAACUAUGGACCAAACUAGGCCUUUGCCAAGUCUGUAUCAAGGCAGCGGCAACAGUGCAUCCCAAGAGCCUUCUGAAGUAUCUGCUGAAUCACCAGUGAAGUCCCAAGAUGCUGAUGAAAUGACUAUUGUAUCAGUGUUACCGUCUGUGUCUCCUGGUGUAAUACCAUCUGUAGCAACUUCAGAAGCAACACCAGUUACAGGAAAAUCAGCUCCAACAUCACCAAUGCUGACUUCAUCUUUGUUCUCACUGAGCACUGAAAAUUCGCCAUCUGUGAUGGCAUUAAGCACGUUAAUAUCAAUACUAGCAAAAAAUAACACUGCUGCAAAAAUGGCAUUGACUUUAAGCCCAAUAGUGACACAUUCGACCUUUCCCGUUGUAUCAAGGGACGACUCUACAACACCUGUGCAUACCACUAGUUUAUCUCUAAUUCCCAAAUCUAGUACAAUUUCAGCUCCCACCACACAUACACCAAGACAGAUUGAAACAACAGUACUUGACACCAGGAAAUCCACAAGCCCAGACCUCACUAAAACAUCAACUGCCUAUCCACUGACAAUUACAGCAGCUUUGACAUCUAUUACAGCAUCAGCGAAAACAACUAGACUUCUCCCUACACCUGCUGAAAAUACUUCUGCAGAUACUCCUACUACACCAGCGCCAACUGCAGCUCUUGUUAAUGCGACAGCAGUUCUUCCUUUGGAAUGCCAGCUCUCCAGAAACCUUCUUGUUAAGACAGUUUUGUUUCUGAAUACAAGAAGACUGCUGCUAAAUGACUCCUUAAAACAGAAUGUCACAAGAGGUCUUACCCAGGCAUUGCGACAAGCUUUCAACCAAAAUGUCAAUGCUCAAAUUGAAAUUCUGGAACAAUCAAACAAUGUGACAGUUGGUUACUAUGUAACUCAAGAGAAACUAGUUUUCAUACCUGCUGUGGUUAUAGAAAUGCUAAUUGCUUAUGGUGUUAGUAAUGCCACUUUGGAUAUUAAGCAGCACGUGCCAAAUCUUCAUUCUGUUGCUGUCUUAGCCUUGCCCUGGAGGCCACUGCCAGCUUACCAUUUUCAGCUGAAAACAGAAUUGCAAUUUGUGGGUCAGUCAGACAACAUACACUCAUGCAGAUUUGUUCAGACCAUGGAACAAAGUUUGCAGAAGGCAUUUCAGGAUGCUGAGAGAAAAGUCUGGAACACCAGUAGCAAGUUAACUGUUCAGAUCUUGAACACAUCAAAUGUUUCUCAAGCUGUCACUCUCUUUUAUGUGGUGAGAAAUGAAAGCACAGUCUUAAAUGGCACUGAAUCAAGCAACCUUCUUAAUCAGCUUUCUGCAGAACUGGUGGGUUUUUAUCUGACUUACCCACCUCUGACUAUUGCUGAAGCUUUGGAAUAUCCAAAUCUGGAUACUUCAGAAGCAACUAGGGACUACUGGGUGACUACAGUUAUACAGGGCAUUGACAUCACGUUGCUGGGGGUGAAUAACCAGAGUUUUGCGAGACUGAUGGAGCAACGUUUAGCACCACUGUUCAUGAUGUCCCAUCAGCAAGGAAGACGAUUUAAACGGGCUACUACAGUUGGGAGCUACACUGUGCAGAUGGUGAAAAUGCAGCGAAUUCCAGGUCCCAAGGACCCUGCUGAAUUGACUUAUUACACAUUAUACAAUGGGAAACCUCUGCUGGGCACAACUGCUGCCAAACUUUUAAGCACCGUUGAUUCACAAAGGAUGGCGUUGACACUGGGAUAUGUUGUUCAAGUACAAGCUGAUCCUGUGGUGAAAAAUCCACCCAACAACCUGUGGAUCAUUGCAGCAGUGUUGGCUCCAAUAGCAGUUGUUACUGUCAUCAUCCUCAUCAUUACAGCUGUUCUGUGCAGGAAGAACAAAAAUGACUUCAAGGGGGACACAAUGAUGAACUUGCCCCAGAGAGCUAAACCUGUCCAGGGCUUUGACUAUGCCAAGCAACAUUUAGGUCAGCAGGGAGCUGAAGAUGAGGUUUUGCCUGUUACCCAGGAGACGGUAGUACUUCCAGUUCCUGUCAGAGAUGCUCCCACAUCCCAGGAGAGGGAAAUUAUUCAGGAUGGAAGCAUGGCUAAAACUGCCAAGUCCAACGAUACAAGAAAGAGCAGGUCGCCGAGUGAGAACGGUUCUGUCAUCAGCAACGAAUCAGGGAAGCCCAACUCGGGCAGAGGCUCUCCACAGAAAGUAAUGGCACAGCAGAAAGUGACAAAAGAGGAGGGAAGAAAGAGGAAUGUGCCCAUUAGUGAUGAAGAGGAGGGAGUCAUGCUCUUUGAUAAUGUUGCAAAGUCUGCCAUUGAUCCCUUCGACACAUCAUCUGGAUCUGUACAACUGAUUGCCAUAAAGCCAGUAGCAUUGCCUUCUGUACAUCCAGUUUCAGACAGGAAUCAGGAAACUGCUGUCCUUAAUGGGGAGAUUAACAAAGCGUUGAAGCAGAAGUCGGAUAUAGAGCAUUAUCGCAACAAACUGCGUCUGAAAGCCAAGCGGAAAGGCUAUUAUGAUUUCCCAGCAGUUGAUAACAAUAAAGGUUUGGCAGACAGAAAGAAGAUAUAUGAAAAAGCACAAAAUGAAAUAGAUCACAUUUUGGAUCCUGAUACAGAUGGAUCCUCUCCAUUUAUAGAGCCCAAAAACAGGCAACAAUUGAAGAACUCUGUAUACCGAAGCAGGCAAUCUUUGAACAGUCCUAGUCCAGGAGAAACUGAAAUGGAUCUUCUAGUCACAAGAGAGAGACAAAGGCGGGGUAUCCGCAAUAGUGGCUAUGAUACUGAACCUGAGAUGAUAGAAGAAACAAAUGUUGACCGUGUCAAUGAACCCCGGAAUUAUACCAGAGCCCACCAAGCAAAAGGCCAUUCAGAGACAUCAACAUUGAGUUCUCAGCCAUCCAUUGAUGAAGUUAGACAACAGAUGCACAUGUUACUGGAAGAAGCCUUUAGUUUGGCCUCAGCAGGCCAUAAUGGACAGAGCAGGCAACAAGAUGCUUAUAGUUCUACACAAAAUUUGCCAUACUCUGAAGUUGUGACAAGCGCUCCCGGCACCAUGUCUCGGCCCCGAGGGGGAAUUCAGUGCGUUCCUACAUAUAGACCAGAAGUGUAUCAGUACAGUUUACCAAGACCUGCAUAUAGGUUUUCUCCGCUCCCUGAAAUGGUGAUGGGUUCUCCACCUCCGCCUGUGCCUCCUAGAACGGGACCUGUUGCUGUCACCUCUCUUAGGAGGUCGACUUCCGAUAUUGGCAGCAAGACAAGAAUAUCAGAGUCCAGUGGGACUGAACAGAUACAGCCGCAUGAUCAUGCCCCUUUUGUCCCAGUAUCAAGAGCCCCAGUAUCUGUGGCUCCAUUGGAUCAAUCAGCUUUGAAUUACUCAGGAAGUACCGUUCCAGCAGUGUUUGCCAUCCCAGCAACAAACCGACCUGGGUUUACAGGCUAUUUCAUCCCAACACCACCAACAGCAUAUAGGAACCAGGGCUGGAUGUCCUAUGCUGGAGAAAACGAAUUACCAGGACAAUGGACUGACUCGGUUCCCCUGCCUGGCUACAUAGAAGCUUAUUCGCGGCCCCGCUAUCAGCACAACUCUCCUGCUAGGAUCCCUCGACAUUACAGCCAACCGGGAAAUAUGCACCACAGUUUUGAACAAUUCCCGCUGCCCACCACUGCUGCUUCUCAACAGAGCUUGACAGAAAGUGAUCCUUCAGAUACCCCGCUUGCCAACCUUUCCACUGCUGCUCUGGUGAAGGCAAUAAGAGAAGAAGUAGCUAAGCUCGCAAAGAAGCAAACAGACAUGUUUGAGUUUCAGGUGUGAUGGUUUAACAGUGCUAGAAGUAUGUUUAUAUCAUAAGCAGGCAUCUAGCUUUCAAAUAAGACUUGUGGUGGCUUUUGCCAAAGCAAAUCCAUAUUUUCCUAUUCUGAAACAGUCAACACUGGAUUUGUUUUUUUAAAGUGAGCAAAUAGAAUACUCAGUUUUAAGACCUGUUAAGGCAGGUGCUCCCUGGUAAUUUGUUGAAGACUAAUGUAAUGAUGUAUACUGAUCAUAUGCAAUUGUCUGUCACAUAUCAUUUGAUCUGCAAAGGGACUGUUCUUGGAAAUGUUACUUAAACCAUAUGCCUGUCUAAUGUUCCAGUAUAUUCAGAGCUUAAGAAGCACAAAUAUAAAAUUAUUCUCUUGCAACGUGUGCAUGUUUUAAAAAAUCAACAUUUUGUCUUUUUGGAUCAAGAAGAAACAACAAUAAUAAUUUAUGACAAUUGUGGGCCAUGACUUUAUAACUUAGUGAUUGACUUGAUAUAUUUCAGACCCAUAUCACAAGACUGGUUGCAACAAAGCAAUAGAGCUCAGUUCUGCCUAAAAACCACAUUUAAAUGAUAAGAACUGACAAGAAUGUACUCUGUAGAGUCUUUUGUAAAUAUCCCUGAACUCAUCAUCUCAGUUCAUAGCUCCAGAACCAGAAAAGAAAGUGAGACAUGAAGAGGUAUACUAGCUUAAUUGGUGUCUAAAGAGCUGGGGUAAUGUUACGAUGGAGUUAUACAAAAAUGUCUUCAGUGUGGUAUUUCUCUUCACUGGGAAAAGGGAGAGAAAACUGACAAAAGUAGGUGUUAAAAGCUCUUUGAAACCUCUCAGUGAAAACAAAUUCUUUGAAAGCGUCUUAUAUUCAAAAGACUUUUCAUUGUGAUCACAUAAUGAUAGUGGUAAAUUUGAGAACCUUGAGUGCAAGUUUGUUCAGAAUAAUGAAUACACCUGCUAUUACAAGAAAACUUCUGUUUUACACAGAGCUCUCUCCCUUUAUUCCCUAAACAAUGAUUUCUAGUGAAGUGAUGCCAGAAACAGCUGACCAGAGCUAUCACUGACUGGCCAUGAUGGGAUAAUGGCUAUUCAAACUCUUUUAAGUAAUCAUAAUGCCAUUGAGCUUGAUCACAACCUGUUGGUUAUAUUAAAUUGUAAAUAAGUAAACAAGUCCAUGGAUGGAACAGGAUAAUAUUCUGUAAAUGGUGGUUAGGAACCGAUAUUUUGCCAAAUCCAGGAUUGUAGAGUCUCAUAGAUAAAUGUAAUUUAUUGUUCUACUACAAUAUCAUGGAAAAUACAUCCUCUCCUUUGAAAACAUAAUGGGAGAAUACAACUUUAUUUUGACUUGUCUUUGGAAGCUGGAAAAUGGUAGAUUGUUGCACAAAAGAAAAAAGUUUUUGAUUUUGCCUUUAUAGAUUUCAGUCUGAACUGAUAGACCCAUCUAGAGUAGAUCCAUUGAAUCAAUUGUUAAAUAGUAAUUCAACACUUACACAAAGUCCAUUAAUUCAUCAGGAAUUCUGUAGUUAAGAUUAGCAACUGCAUUUAUGCCAUAACACAAUUUGAAGAUGAGCUGAGAUGGUACGUGGUAUAACCUACUGACUACAUUGGUAUCUCCUGCAUUAAAGCAUACUCUAGCUUGUUUUUUUCAUGAUUCAACUUUCUACUGUAUUCUGAUUAGGUAAUUUCAUUUUUGAAAUGAGUUUCUUUGGUAUCUCCUGAUGCACUUAAAUAAGGAAUGUUGCCCCUGGUGAUAAUCACAUAAACACAUCAACCCAAGAAACAGAAAAGAGAUGCAGGAGAGUUCAGUUUGGAAAAGAUAUAAUUUUAAGGAAUGUGGUCUUUAAAGAAAAUGGGGAAAAACUUACUUCUGUAAAUACUACUUUUAUGGUAUAUGUCAAGAUCUCCUCAAAAAUUUCAAUAAUUGUAAACCCUUUGGUGUAAUUAUUGUUAUUUAAACAAAUUCCGUAUAAAUAAAAUGUAUUUUUAUAAUCAUUA